GUCGUACUAUAUCCCUGUUAUUAUACUUUCCACUCAUCCUCCCUGCCAACGAUGUUUUUUGACCUCACAGCACCACUCUCGUUGUAUUCUAUCCCGGCCAUGUUUGUGGUCUCGUUCUUCCCUGCGUUCCUCAAGACGGUCACGAUCACUUCUACCAUCGGGUUUGAUAAUGUUAACCCACGAGGCAACGUCCAGCGUGCGGCAGAUUCGAAGAAGCUCUCGCCUGAGCUCGCAGCCAAAGUGAGGAGAAUGGAGGCUGCUCACAUGAACGGAAAUGAAACGCUGCCUAUAUGGAUUGCUGCUAUCUUGGCUGGAAACUUUGUUGGGCUAGACCACGAAACGCUCAACAAGGCUUCCCUCAUUUUUGUCUCGCUUCGCGCAUUGUACAACUGGGUGUACAUCCAACAGAAAACAGAGGUCCAGGGAUUCAUGCGGACUGCCGUCUAUUUCGCGGGGAUCAGUGUACCAUUCAGCCUGUUGAUGCAGGCAGGGAACAAGGCUAGGCUUGGAUAGAGGAUGCUGUGGUGUUAUUAGAAAAGGCUAUAGAUUUGAUCAUGUCUAUGUGUUAUAGAGGUGUUGUUUUGUAAGCGCCGGGUGGUACCGAGACUGAAAUAGAAGAAAGAGGUUCCCUGAAUAGA